CGGUCUCACGAAAAGACGUGACACUGUCACGUUAUUUAAUCUAUUGAAACGUGAUCAGGAUCACGUAUUUUCAAAUUUUUCGUGUUUACAAGCACAAAUUUCAAACCCAUGUAUUUCAAUUGGAAGUAUUUGUCGUGUCACCAGCACGACUUCCAAACUAAGGUUCUGUGCGGGAGCGUUCUCCCUAAUGUCCCUUAAGGCAGUGGCGUGUUCAGGGAGUGGCCUAGGGUGGCACGGGCCACCCCUGAAAUCUGAUUGGCUACCCCAAGUGCCACCCCAAUAUUCACGGCACUGUAAACUGGAAGCUUGUUUAGAGUUGCAGUUCCUUCUCAAACCUGAGAGGCAGCAGAGAUGCGCUAAAGUAGUAUGUAGCCUGCAAAAAAAAAGUCCCGAAGAAGAAGAAGUUUGAGCAAACCUACACGUGAAACAAACUGUCUAUGGAAGCAACACGUUUCUGGAGCGUCGUCGAGAAAGAUUUUCUGUGGAUGUACAUGUGGAUGGUAAAGAGGAAAGACCCUCAACAUCACAAACAGAUCAGGGUGUGUCCCCCUGCAGGCCAUGCACAGGGGGAUAGUGGUGUGGCAGCCCCAUUUGGCGGGCUCGGACCUAUUGAGGCAGGCGAAGAUUCCUGUGAUGAAGGCCCCUUACCGUCACAUACACAGCACAGCGAAGAUUCCUUUGAUGAAGGCCCCUUACCGUCACAUAUGCAGCAGGGUGUGUCCAGUGCUGACAAUACAGAGGUUCCUGCAGGCCAUCCACAAGGGGAUAGUGGUGUGGCAGCCCCUUUUCGUCGGCCCGGAACUAUUGGUAUGUCUUAACAAUUCAUUUAAGUCAAAUCAGUGAAUUAAAUGACACUUAAAGGUUCUGAUUCCCAUACAUUUGUCACUUACAGAUAUUUCACAGUCAAGAGCAGCAGGACCCACUCAACCCCGGUUAAAGAUAUAUCCAAAAACCAUGCAAGGAGAGAAGAGGAGGUCAUUCAAUCCAUCUUGGUACAACACGUUUUCAUGGCUUGAGUACUCACUUAUGAAAGACUGCGCUUACUGCUAUGCAUGCAGACACUUCUCUUUGCCUAGCACGUCAGAAUCCGUUUUUACCUCAGAAUCCGGCUUUUCACAAUGGAAAAAAGCAAUGUAUAAAGAUGCUGGCUUUAAGGUGCAUGAAAAAUCAGAUUCUCAUAUUACUGCCAUGUUAGCUUGGAGUGAACACAAGAAGGCUGCACUUACAGAUGCUUCUGUAUUAAACAUGCUCAACAAUGAGUACAAAAAGAAGGUUGAAGAGAAUCGCAGUUACAUUAAAACUGUUGCAGAUGUACUGCUUUUGACAGCCACACAAAAUAUGGCACAAAGAGGGCACCGUGAGUCUGAGCAAUCUGACAACAAAGGGAAUUUCUUAGAAAUUCUUGAAAUGAUUGCUAAACCCAAUCCCAUGGUAGCCAAAAAAAUGAAAGCAACAGGCAAUGCAAAAUACACAAGCAAUACCAUACAAAAUGAAAUUCUGCAGUGCUUAACCAGUAUGGUGCAGGAUUCCAUUGUGAAAGAAGUGAAAGAGAGUGAGGUAUUCUCCAUCAUCGCUGAUGAAACCAAAGAUUUGCAAAAAAAGGAGCAGCUGUCAUUAGUACUUCGAUAUUAUUACAAUGGGGCUGUUCAUGAAAGCUUCCUUGAAAUGCAGCAUGCACAACAUCUAGAUGCUAAGGGGCUUAGUGACAUGAUCAUCAAGUGCUUAGAAAGCUAUGAACUUCAGUAUAAAUCAAACCUUGUUGGACAAGGUUAUGACGGCGCCUCAGUAAUGAGUGGUAAACAUUCGGGUGUGGCAGCCAGAAUUAAGACAGAGGCUAAAACUGCGUUUUAUGUCCACUGUAAUGCACACUGUCUAAACCUGGUCUUGGUUGACACUGUUAAGUCAGUUCCAGAGGCAGAUUGUUUCUUUUCACUGCUUGAAAAGAUCUAUGUAUACAUGUCAGGCUCUUAUUUGCACCAGAAAUGGCUUACUGUCCAGAAAGAAAUGUAUGGUGGCACACCUAGAGAGUUACAAAAAUUAAGUGACACAAGAUGGGCAUGUAGAGCAGUAGCUUGCAGGAAUUUGAUGGAUAGAUUACCAGCUGUGUUGUGUGUUCUUCAAAAUAUAAGUGCAGAAAAUCUCAGAGACGGGUCCAUUGAUGCUAGAGGUCUGCUUGCACAGAUUGACCUCACAUUUAUAGGCCUCCUUGCAACCUUCCGAAAAGUUUUCGGUGACACAAAGCUGCUUUCUGAACUGUUGCAGUCACCCUCAGUUGAUUUAGCUAUGGCAGCAGACAUGGUGGAGUCACUUCUUGAUACUUUUCAAGAGUAUAGGACUGAGACAUUUACUGAUAAACUGUGGCAUGACAUAGUAGAGACAGCCAAACAGUGCAACAUAGCUGUUGAGAAUGUUGAGAAGAAAAGAGCACAUAAAGUCAGCACCAAACUUGGUGGGUCGUAUGUGACAUGUACUAUAGGCCUGCGCAAGGGUAAUGCAGACAAAGAUUCAUUCAGGCAGGGACUACUCUACCCCAUCCUUGACACCUUAGUUUCUGAAAUGGAAAGAAGGUUCUCAAAAAUGAACUGUUCAGUAAUGAGAGGUAUACAGGCCUUAAAUCCUAAAAGCAGUACAUUCCUCCAGGAUGACCAGGUCUUUGACUUUGGAACAAUAUAUGGGUGUGAUAAGGAGGAUCUUACUCAUGAGCUUCACCAGGCUAGAAGAAUUUUGUCAAGGAAAGCUGAGAGUGGGGCGGCACAGUUGGGAAACAUCCUAGAUUUAACAGUGUUUUUGGAACCAUACCAAGAGGUGUUUGUUGAGCUCUUCAGGCUAUGCAAAAUAGCUCUAGCCCUCCCAGUCAGUAGUGCUGCAUGUGAGCGGAGUUUUUCAGCUCUAAAGCUCAUUAAAACUCAUUUGAGGACAACCAUGCUAGACAACAGACUAAGCCAUUUAUCUUUGCUAAGUAUUGAGUCAAGAAGAGCGAGGGCACUCAACAUGGAUGAUUUUAUCAAAGUGUUUGCAAGCAAACACAAGAACAGGCGAAUUGCACUGUUUUAACCCUCCUGUUUACCUAAGCUUAAUAGUCCAUGAGCCAGGGCUCUGUACCUCCAGCCAUUGUUGCACAUGUUAAGUUUUGCACAGUUUUGUUAAGGUCAUAUUUUGCCCAAAGAGUCUUAUUUAUUUUAAUUUUGUUGGCACUUUAUUGUUGCACAUGUUACGUUUUGUUAAGGUCAUAUUUUGCCCAAAGAGUCUUAUUUAUUUUAAUUUUGUUGGCACUUUAUUUUGUUGGCACUUUAUUGUUGCACAUGUUAAGUUUUGCACAGUUUUGUUAAGUUCAUAUUUUGCCCAGAGUCUUCAGAAAGUGCAUUGUCUUUUUUGUAUGUACUGUUGAAGUUAGAAUAAAGUAUGGUAGUUUUCAAUCACAUUUGUAUGUUGCCUUUUCCUGAAUGUUGUGACUAGUAGGUCUGUUCUUGCUUGCAGUGUAAGUAAGUGAAGUAGAUAUGGGUUGUGGAUACAAAAAUGGUAAAUUAAUGCUAUGCCGACACCUGGGUGUGGGUGUGCAUACGUGAGUGUAUAUGUCUGCGCAGGCGCUCCUGCUCACACUUCAUGCCACCCCUGCAUAUGUCAGUGCCCCACUGGUGCCACCCCUAUCAAAAAUGUCUGGACACGCCACUGCCUUAAGGAGCUCCGUACAGUACAUUUAUUGUUAAAAAUUGUGAACAAUAUGACAGCUUUAGG